UGGUGACUUUGUGCCGUCGAACACGAUACAGGGUGGGGCUGUAAAGCAACGAGCUGUUUACGGCUACUUCGGUCGCUUUAUCAACCAGAGCAGAGUGUCCUCUCUGUGAUCGACGUGACUUUCUAACUAGCUCACUCAAAACCAAAAGGGAAGAGAGUUUUUGAAUCAUUUGAAAUAUGUACACAUGUACCGGUGUUUAAUCUCGUUUUCAUUUAGCCGUUGUAAAACAGAUUUUUCAGGAGGACGCGAGGAAAGACACUGAAAGCCUUCCGUUCCCUGGUUUUCUACGUGUUUGCCCGCAUGUCAGUGUAAAGAGGAGGUCCCAAACAGAGUCUCCAAGUUAUUACGAUGAGAUGGCAAGAAACGGUCCUUGUAUUUCUUUCCAUGCUUCCGGUACCGGUUUUCCAGUGCCCGGAAAUGUGCAGCUGCUUCGGGACGUUUGUGGACUGCAGCGGCCAGGAACUGGAUAUCAGCACGAUUCCCAAGCACUUUCUGGGCACCAUCACCGAAAUCAAACUGAGCAACAACAAGCUCUCUGCCAUCCCCAACGGCCUCUUCGACUCUCUGCUUCACCUCAGGUCUGUGUCGUUGGACAAUAACCCAUGGGCUUGCAAUUGUGAUAUUUUAUACUUGAGAUCUUGGCUUCUUAAACAAGAAGAUCGUUCCCAGUAUAAGCAUUUAACAUGUUCCUCGCCAGCUGAGCUUCAGAACAGGCGGAUAUUGUAUCUAACCGAGGAUGAAGUCAUCUCCGCGUGCAAUGACUGGUACUGUGACGUUGUUCUGAUAUGUCAGAUCGCACUGUUCAUCUUCAUCGUCAUCCAAGCCAUUCUUCUGAUAUUUGUUAUUAUCUAUCUGAGGAGAUUUGAGACUCUUUCGGAAGAAGCUAUUCGAUCGACAAAAUAAAACCCUGUCCAUUCGGGCUAGCAUUGACCAUUUAUCUGAUGCCCACUCAUGUUCCAGUAUUUGAUGGAACUCCCGCACGUUCCCUGUCUGUGUUCUUCAAUAGCGCCACGAAAAAAGUAGACUCUUGUUUUAUUCCGCUGAUGCUGAAAUACCGCGUUGCCAUUCUACAAUAUUCCGCGUUGCUAUCCUUUGAUCUCUUUCCAGGAAACUCCUGCGGAAAUUUUAAACGUAUGUCGGCAUAGAUAUUAGAGCCUGGAAUUGUGGCAGUCUCUGGUGUUGUCAUUGAAAAUUUUUAAUUGAUUGAUAUUGAGAAAAGUUUCCCUGUAAAAUUAUGUAAUCCUCACAAAAUAUUUAGGACUACUUUCUUUCAAUCACUCCAUGGUUAAGGAGGGGUUGAGCAGAAAUCGGGACGAUUGGUACAAAAUGCAUCAAGAUACAGUUUUGAAAUUACAAAUGGUCAAUCUGCACAAGAAAGAAUUGUCGAUGACUCUCUAAGCAACGCUCUAUUGUGGGAAUGAAUGUUAUUGACAAAACUGCUAAAGCAAUGUUAAAGAAUAACAUUUUCUGUCGAAGCAGAUUUAAUACUGAUAUUUCUUAAGGCUAUGUUAAUUCUGCAGAUUGAAGUUUAUCUACAGUAUCGAAAUAUACACUGUAAUCUUGGACAACUCUUACUUUUCUGUGUUUAAGUCAAUCUCAAUACAGAAAUCACGAUGUAAGAAGAAAAUGCUGUAAAUUCUCAGUAGGCCUGGAAAGAUCUAUGGAGAGUAACCGAAGUUUGAUUGAAGUAAUGGACUUGACCAGUUAUCCCUCUUUCGCUCUUCAGGUGUUACCUGGCCCAUAGAAUGUUUGUAACUUUUGUUUUAGUUCAGAUAUCCAACAUCUGAAUUAUUUUGAUUUUGUACUUAAACAUGAAAUUGUACAUCUAUUGACCUAGAUUCAAUUAUUCAAGAUCAAUACAUCAUUUUGUAAUAACUGUAUCAUUUAAUAUGGAAAUACUGUAGCCUGAGGAAAUUGAUUAAGGUUGUUUUAAAUUUACCAUGAAAGUGAGAUACCAGUAAACUGAACAUUAUACA